CCUGCCUGUCUCGCUUCAAGUGACAGAAACCUCAAUAUAAGUUUGACAGACCCGACGACAUUUUGGACGACAACUGCAAUUGAGCACGCCUUUUGAUCCUAUCUGUUCCGUAGAUAUGUGCUGGCAUACUUGUGCCUAUUCCCUACAGUACAAAAGGGCCUAUGUAGUACAAUGUAUGGGGUCUUUUUCCCUACCUCGAACUAACAGACUGCAUUGUCUGGGAACUCCAAGUAGCCUUUAGAUCAGAGAAGAAUUCUAUCGUCCUAUCUUCGCGUCACUGUUACCCAAGCCGUCUAGUGCCAAGACUACCUGCCCGCGUGGUAACCGCGGUACUGGUCACCAGUGAGGAAUUGAGUAUGUAGCCACGAUGGUGACUCGAGCGUCUAUACCCUCUGCAUCACCGCCGACGAUCUACGAUGGCAACGAUAUCUGGCCCAUCUGCAGCUGCUUUGCACUCCUUGUCGCCUUCUGACGUCGAUUUUCUGCAAUCGUUACCCAAGGCUGAGCUCCACGCCCAUCUCAACGGAUGCAUCCCUUUACAGACACUCACAGACCUCGCUGAGCAUUUGACACUGUCCGCAGACACCACCGAUGAAAUAGCAGCGACAGUCGCAAGAUUGAAGUCUGGGUUGACGCUAAAUGACGUAUCAGAGUUCUUUCCGUUGUUUUCUGCGAUCUAUGCUAUCACUUCGACCCCAUCAGCACUGGGCCGGGUCACUCGGGAUGUUCUCGAUUCAUUCCUCAAGGCCGAGAGCAAUCCUCCACCAGGUUUUGCAUAUACACCUGCCCCCGAAUGCAGCUACCUCGAACUGCGCACGACUCCCCGCGCAACUGCACAGAUGUCCCGGUACACGUACCUGACCACUGUGCUAGAUGAGAUCGAGAAAUUCUCAGCUGAUCAGGCAGCGUUGAUCGUUUCCAUUGAUCGACGGAUGUCUGAGGCAGACGCGAAAGAGUGCGUCGAUCUUGCUAUCGCGCUUCGAGCUGCGGGUAGGCGUGUAGUGGGGCUGGACCUGUGUGGUGAUCCGGGAAAGGGUGACAUUGCCACGUUCGAGAAACAUUUCAAGAGAGGAAAAGACGCCGGAUUGGGACUUACUCUUCACAUUGCCGAGGUUUACCACAUUGACGCUGACAAAGGGGCACGUCGUGCUGCGUUGAAAGACAUCGAAGUUUUGUCGAAGCGGCGGAACGGUGCAUACAAACCAUGUAUCGAGAUCUGCCUUAGCUCCAAUUUACUUUCCAGGACUACUGACGAUACCCUCCCAUUCCGGACUACUCUGCUAGCCGAAUACGCCCAGCUCCUCGCAAAGCCUCCUUUGGGUCUUGGACUUGGCCGCGAGCAGGUGAAGAGGAUCGCAGGCGAUGGGCAUGGAAGCGCGUUUUGUUCAAGGCAGAGUUGAAGCAAAGUAGUCAUAGUACAUGUAUGAAUAGAUGUCUGUGUUUCCCGGAUUCGCAAUGUUUAGCUAGUCAAAAAUCCAAGUGUAUUAUCAGAUACCGG